AUGCUCGUGACAGCUCUGUGCGUCAUCUUGUGGUCACUCUCCGUGUCGGCACAUACGACGCCGGCCAUGACACCGUUCCCUGGCACGUCUGCAUGCCAGCGCUGCGCCAACGACCCCUCCCAAUGCGGCGACGCAUUCAAGGGCCUUCCAGGCAAAUAUUGUGGUCCGUGGCUCAGCGGUGGCGUCAAGCAAGCGUGUUGCUGCCCUCCUGCAGCACGUUGUGUGAUUCCGAUAAACGCUGCGUCGUGUGGGUGCGAUUCCAACCCGACUCCCAUCACCAAGUCGUCGUCCGGUACACCGUUCUGGGCGUGGAUUGUAUUCGGCAUCGGGGCCAUCGCGCUCACCAUGGUUAUAUGGAGCUGCUGCCGCCGCAGGGUGUACGAAGCUGAGCCAGUCUACGUCCCAUCAGGCGGCGUCGCGUACACUUCCCAGCCGCCAAUGGUAGUCCACGAACCAUUUGGCUACAGUGGUGGCUACGGCUACGGAAAUCGAGGUGGCAGCAUGGCGGCCGGUGUCGCCAUUGGCACCACGGCUGGAAUUGUCGGUGGUGUCCUCAUCGGUGAAGCUUUAGCCGAUGGCCAUCGCAACCAUGGCGAUUACGGUGGCAACUACGCCGGUGGUGACUACGGCGGUGGAGGUGGCGGCGCCGACUUUGGCGGUGACUUUAGCUUGCUCACACGCGUAACGUUGAAUAAUUUCAAAACAUACACAUGUGCGACGUCUGCUUCCUGCCUCCAUCCUCAUGCUGCCAACAGUUUUCAUCAAGACAAGUCCAAAGGCCAUCAAGGCAAGUCCAAAGGAGUCAGAUGCGAUUGCCAUGAACUCUAG